AUGACAUUCAUCUAUUUCCUCGAUCAUGCAUGUGGCUUUUCCGAGGGUAACGUCAUCAAUUCGCUUCUCUUGACACAAAACAUCGGAACCAAUCAAACAAUAGUCGUGGAUGCAAACGGACAAGGGGACUUUAUAUCAGUACAAGCCGCAAUUGAUCAUGUCCCCAGUCGGAACUCAAGAUGGAUUGCCAUUCACAUCAACAAGGGAAUCUACAGAGAGAAGGUUAAAAUACCGAGUGACAAACCUUAUAUAUUCAUGAGGGGUAGUGGAAAAGGAAAGACAUCCAUUGUGUGGUCUCAAAGGUCAGAAAAGAGCUAUGAAUCAGCCACAUUCAAAGUUGAAGCUCCACAUUUUGUUGCAUUUGGUAUCAGCUUUAAGAACACAGGUGCGAAAAAAAACUCGGUGGCAGUAUUUUUGGAAGCAGACAAAGGUGCAUUUUACGAUUGUGCAUUUUUCAGCAACCAUAACACUCUGUAUGACUAUAAGGGAAGGCACUAUUACCACAAUUGUUACAUCCAAGGCUCUAUGGAUCUCAUCUUUGGACUCGGACAAGCUAUGUUCCAUGAUUGUGAGAUAUUUGUGAUUGGUAAUCGGGGACUUGAAAUCGGAGGAUCAAUUGCCGCCAACCACAGGCAAAGCCAUGAAGAAAAUAGUGGGUUUGUGUUUUUGAAGGGUAAAGUGUACGGAGUUGGAGAUGUGCACUUGGGUAGAGCCAAAGGGUCACAUUCUAGGGUUGUUUUUGCAAAUACCUACUUGUCCAAGACUGUUUCUCGUCAAGGCUGGACAAAAAGGAACUAUAAAGGCAAUACAAACAAUUUGCACCAUGCUGAAUAUCAAUGUCACGGGCCGGGUUCUGAUUCUGUAAAGCGGGCCCAUUGGUCCAAACAACUAGCUUAUAAAGAUGCUAUCAACUUCCUCACCGUUGAUUUCAUCACAGGCCAAGAAUGGCUGCCUGCAUGGUUUUGA